AUAGUGUUAUUACUUAUUAAUCUAGAUUUAGUAUAGCCCGGCUGAAUAUAUUCGAGUAUAAAUAGUCCAUCGAAUAUGCCACUUGGAAGCUUCCAUAUUACCGAAGCACUUCGAUAUACUUCUCCUUGACUCCUUGACUCUUUGACUCACAUCUCUCACGAUACUUUGUGUGAAUAUUUCUAAGAUUUCAAACAGUAACAUGUUUUUUCUUUUGCUUACCUAGUAUUAAAGUACCAUAAUGGCAGCAUCGCAUCGAGUUCUCCUCACCGGAGCAAACGGCUUUAUUGCGCAGCAUAUUCUAUCGCAACUUCUCGAAGCGGAGUUCUCGGUACGCGCCGUCGUUCGUUCACAGUCCAAGGUCGACGUCCUCAAGAAGAGUUUUAGCAAAUACGUGGAUACGCCACAACUGGACUUCGGCGUCGUCCCUGAUAUCACUGCACCUGGUGCCUUCGAUAAAGUCUUGGUAUCUGACCCUCCGUUCGACAUUGUCAUUCAUACGGCUUCGCCUUUUUUCCUCCGGCCCGUGGAGGGUAGCGUAUUUUUGGAUCCGGCCAUCAAAGGUACGACAGAAAUUCUGUCAGGCAUAGCUCGCGUGGCACCAAGCGUGAAGCGCGUCGCCAUCACAUCGUCAUUCGCUGCUUUGGUAGAUUUUAGUGCAAAUCCUAUCUCAAACCCUCCAAGGAUCUAUACAAGGGACGACUGGAAUCCUACGACCUACGAACAAGCACUGGCAACGGACAACUCGAACAUAUCUUACGCGGCUAGUAAGGCACUCGCGGAGAAGGCAGCGUGGGAUUUUGUAAAAGAGGGCAAAGGUAACUUUGAGCUGGUGACGCUGAAUCCGCCGGGAGUCUACGGGCCGCUCUUCGACCCGUCGCAGAUCGCGAAACCAGAAGAUCUAAACACGAGCACAAGUAUAAUCUACCAGACUUUGCUACGGCCGGGAUUGAAGUCGACGGAUCCCAUCCCACCGACAUUCUUAUAUCUAUGGGUUGACGUGCGCGACCUCGCGCGAGCUCACGUCGUAGCUGCCACCAAACCCGAGGCUGCUAACAAGCGAUGGUUUGUCGUCGCAGGCGACCUGAGUCAGCAGGAAAUGGCCAACCACCUGCGCGCGGCGCUACCGGAGAAGCGAGACGUGAUACCCAUCGGCGAGCCCGAGAAGACGCAGAAGCCGGAAGGUUUCUACGGCGCGAUUGCUCCGGAAACCGAACAGGUGCUGGGCAUAAAGUAUAGAUCGGCUGAGGAGUGCAUCAAGGAUUUGGCACCGCAGCUGGUCGAGAUCGAGAAGAGAGCAGCAGCAGCUUCAUCCUCGUGAGUUUGAGAUGUAAACCUGAAAGAGAACAAUUUGGGGUGUUUUUUUUUUUUUUUUUUU